AUGAAUACACAGAAGAAUAGGAAUAGAGACAAUAAUGAUUCAAUGCAUGUUGAUACAACUAAGAACAUAGAUGCUACUGAAGAGGAUAAUAAGAUUGCAGACCAAGAUUUUCAAUUGUUUGUGUCAUUAUUAUCUUCAUCUGAUGAAUCUGAUGUUUCAAAUGCAAUAGUUUAUUUCGAAUCUAAUCCAAAUAGAGUUGAUGAAUCUAUUUUAAAUGCAAUUUUGUCGAUUUUCGUAGAAACUUCAGAUGUUGAUAUCAUUCAAGCAAUAAUUUCAUUUCUAGAAUCAUAUACUCAAUCUAAAGCACUUCCUAAUGAAAUUGUUAAUCAAAUUUUACAGAAAUACACAGAAUUUUUCCAAGAAUCAAAACUUCGUUCCCAAAUCCUCAAAAGCAUUAUUGCAUUUACUGAAAGCAACCCAGAAGUCAUAUCUACAGUUAUAUCAUUAAAUUACAUUACUUCUGUCUUCAAUUUGGCCUCAGAAUUAAUUCAAUCAAAUCUUGAUAAAUCUACAAUAGAAUCACUUAUUACAAUAGUAUAUUUCCUUGCAACAAUAUCAAAAUUUACUGAAAUUAACGAAAAUACUGAAUUUUGGACUGCUUUUGGCGAAUUUAUUAAAUUAAUCGUUCAAAAACCUGUUCCAGAAACAAAAACACAUAAAAUCAAUUGGUUCAAAUUCAUUAAGGUUGUUAUCGCAUGUCUUGGCCAAAUCUUGGAAUACCAAGCUCCAGAUGAAUUUUUUGUCGAAAUUAUUAAUGAGCAAUUCCUCGAAAUGAUUGAAAGAGUGAUGAAAUGUGAAGGUGAAUCAUUGACAGUAUCUCUUCGACUAUUUGCGCUUUUAGUUUCCCGUUCUGACGAAAUUGCAAUUUUAUUUGUCGAACCGUUCAUUAAAUUCAUUUCUACUUAUCAAAUAUCCAAUCUCAAUUCAAAGCAAUUAUCCUUUGUUGCUUUGACCUUUAGAAACCUCGCUUGUUCUGAUCAUUCUGAUAUUUUACAAAUUUUCACGAAUCCAGCCAUUGACGAGUUUAUAGAACAGAUCAUUUCGAACAGUGCAUAUUAUAGCAACAAGGAAAUCGUUAAUGCUCUUUGUUCUUUGAUUAAUACUCAAAAUGAAACUUUAAUUCAACAUACAUUAGAAGCCCAUCCGACUAUUUUCAAUAUGUUGUUUAAUCUAUAUACUUCUAGUGACAUUGGAUUCAUGUAUUCUAUUCUUGGAGCAACUUAUUCGUUAUUAACUUACUUUUCUACCCAUGAUCAUGAGAAAUUCAAUGAAUUCAUGGAUGAAAUAUUAAACGCUGAUAUCGAACAAGCGUUGCAAUUCGCAGAAGAGAAUGGAGAUGCUGAUUUAGGAGUUCUCUGCGAACAAAUAAGAAAUGUGAUGGACGUUGAUUAUUAA